AUGGCCUUCCCGCACUUUGGACACCCGUAUGGCAGCGCUUCCCAGUUCCUGGUGUCUGCAAACUCCAGCACCACUUGCUGCGAAUCCUCCCCGCACUCAGUCCCCGAUGUGGCCUCGGGCUCCAGCCCGGCAGCCGCCGCUCUCUGCUUAGCUCCUUACGACAGCCGGCUGCUGGGCAGCGCACGGCGGCCGGAGCUGGGCACGGCCCUGGGCAUCUAUGGAGCCCCCUACGCGGCCGCUGCGGCUGCCCAGAGCUACCCCGGGUACCUGCCCUACAGCCCGGAGCCGCCCGUGCUGUACGGGACGCUGAACGCCCAGUAUGAGUUUAAGGAGACCGCCCGGAGCUUCUCGCCCAGCCUCUCGCAGCCGGGAGCCUAUUACCCCUACGAGCCCACGCUGGGGCACUACCCCUAUGACCGGUACCACGCGGCCACGGAGUUGGGCGGCACCGGGCGCAGGAAGAACGCCACCCGGGAGACCACGAGCACGCUCAAGGCCUGGCUGCAGGAGCACCGCAAGAACCCCUACCCCACCAAGGGCGAGAAGAUCAUGCUGGCCAUCGUCACCAAGAUGACGCUCACCCAGGUGUCCACCUGGUUCGCCAACGCACGCCGGCGCCUCAAGAAGGAGAACCAGAUGACCUGGGCGCCCAAGAACAGAGGCGGGGAGGAGCGGAGGGCCGAGGACGGGGCCCGGGAGUCGCCGGGCUGCUGCCUACGGGGUGAGGCCCAAGACCUCGCUUCGAGCCGGGAAGCUCAAGGACUCCUCAGGCUGAGUGACCUGGAGGACCAGGAGGAAGAGGAGGGGGAGGAGGAGGAGGAGGAUGAAGAGGAGGCAGAGGUCAUGGCUAUGGACAGGCUCGUGGAGUGCCACAAGGACGCGCAGCCGCUGCCGACCCCAUGUGCCCUGGCUCCCCUGGGCCUGGGCCGGCCGGAGCGCAGGGAGUGCGGCCUGAAGGCACCCCGCUUCUCUCUCCCCGAGCCCCCGGGAUCCUCGGGAGAAGCUGACUUCCUGCAGGCAGAGCCAGGAGCCCCCGCCCUGACCACGCACUCCCCCUGCGGCCAGAAGCCGCGCAUCUGGUCCCUGGCGCACACAGCCACCGCCCAAGGGGCGCCCUCCGUCCCGCCCAAAACCCGCAGCAGCCCCGAGUGCCGCCUGACUCCCCGACAGCCCCCUGCAGGCCUCAGAGACUCCGCACCGGACCGGCCUUGUUACCUCGGAGCCAGAGCCUUCGGGAAGCCCGCGCUGGCUGCGAUGCAGGCGCUGCCCCUGAGCUGCGCCCCGUGCCCGCAGCGGAGGGAGGCAGCCGGGCAGUGCCAGUACCCGCCGUCCGGAGCAGAAGCAGGUUAG